AAUGGCAUGGCUCUUAUGUGUAAUGGCAUGGCUCUUGGCUCUUCUGUGUAAUGGCAUGGCUCUUCUGUGUAAUGGCAUGGCUCUUGUAUGUAAUGGCAUGGCUCUUCUGUGUAAUGGCAUGGCUCUUCUGUGUAAUGGCAUGGCUCUUCUGUGUAAUGGCAUGGCUCUUCUGUGUAAUGGCAUGGCUCUUCUGUGUAAUGGCAUGACUCUUCUGUGUAAUGGCAUGGCUCUUAUGUGUAAUGGCAUGGCUCUUGGCUCUUCUGUGUAAUGGCAUGGCUCUUCUGUGUAAUGGCAUGGCUCUUGUAUGUAAUGGCAUGGCUCUUCUGUGUAAUGGCAUGGCUCUUCUGUGUAAUGGCAUGGCUCUUCUGUGUAAUGGCAUGGCUCUUCUGUGUAAUGGCAUGGCUCUUCUGUGUAAUGGCAUGGCUCUUGGCUCUUCUGUGUAAUGGCAUGGCUCUUGUAUGUAAUGGCAUGGCUCUUCUGUGUAAUGGCAUGGCUCUUCUGUGUAAUGGCAUGGCUCUUCUGUGUAAUGGCAUGGCUCUUCUGUGUAAUGGCAUGGCUCUUGGCUCUUCUGUGUAAUGGCAUGGCUCUUGUAUGUAAUGGCAUGGCUCUUCUGUGUAAUGGCAUGGCUCUUCUGUGUAAUGGCAUGGCUCUUCUGUGUAAUGGCAUGGCUCUUCUGUGUAAUGGCUCUGGCUCUUGUGUAGUGGCAUGGCUCUUCUGUGUAGUGGCAUGGCUCUUCUGUGUAAUGGCAUGGCUCUUCUGUGUAAUGGCAUGGCUCUUCUGUGUAAUGGCAUGGCUCUUCUGUGUAAUGGCAUGGCUCUUCUGUGUAAUGGCAUGGCUCUUAUGUGUAAUGGCAUGGCUCUUGGCUCUUCUGUGUAAUGGCAUGGCUCUUCUGUGUAAUGGCAUGGCUCUUGUAUGUAAUGGCAUGGCUCUUCUGUGUAAUGGCAUGGCUCUUCUGUGUAAUGGCAUGGCUCUUCUGUGUAAUGGCAUGGCUCUUCUGUGUAAUGGCAUGGCUCUUCUGUGUAAUGGCUCUAGCUCUUGUGUAGUGGCAUGGCUCUUCUGUGUAAUGGCAUGGCUCUUCUGUGUAAUGGCAUGGCUCUUCUGUGUAAUGGCAUGGCUCUUCUGUGUAAUGGCAUGGCUCUUCUGUGUAAUGUCAUGGCUCUUGGCUCUUCUGUGUAAUGGCAUGGCUCUUGUAUGUAAUGGCAUGGCUCUUCUGUGUAAUGGCAUGGCUCUUCUGUGUAAUGGCAUGGCUCUUCUGUGUAAUGGCUCUGGCUCUUGUGUAGUGGCAUGGCUCUUCUGUGUAGUGGCAUGGCUCUUCUGUGUAAUGGCAUGGCUCUUCUGUGUAAUGGCAUGGCUCUUCUGUGUAAUGGCAUGGCUCUUCUGUGUAAUGGCAUGGCUCUUGGCUCUUCUGUGUAAUGGCAUGGCUCUUCUGUGUAAUGGCAUGGCUCUUGUAUGUAAUGGCAUGGCUCUUCUGUGUAAUGGCAUGGCUCUUCUGUGUAAUGGCAUGGCUCUUCUGUGUAAUGGCAUGGCUCUUCUGUGUAAUGGCAUGGCUCUUCUGUGUAAUGGCAUGGCUCUUAUGUGUAAUGGAACUGAGAGUCAUUAUCAAGGGCUCUGGGGAGCUGUCAAGUGUCCAGGUGCUGAAACACGCGCAGGAUUGUCUGUUUUUUCUCUCGCUAUUCACACAUCGAUUUCAUGAUCUUUAUCUGGGCUGUGAGCAACAUUUGAGGCGUAUAGCAGACCACACGAAUAUUGAAAACACUCUAGCGCUGUAGUGUUAGUGACAUACUGAGCAUGACUGCUUUUUUUCCAGGUUAAAUUUGAGGAUUGUGAAAUGAUCUCAAAGUCAAGAAAGGCAGUCAGCAUCCAAGAGAUUGCUGCUCUGUCCAGAUCCUCCUUAAAUGGUAAGGGUCAGAAAGACACACACGGACCAUCUCUCUAACCCAGGCCUCCUACUUUUCUUUCUCCAGGCAUUUCCCAGGCGAUGAAGGACCAUGUGACCAAGCCAACAUCCCUGCAGGGUCAUCCACCUCAAGUGGAAGGGUUGGCCCAAACCCACCAACCCCCUCCGCAACUCUCUACAGGAAGCUCGCUUCGCCGCAGGUGUGGCAGAGCAGUUUGCUAUCGCUGAGGCAAAGCUGAAAACCUGGACCUCUGUGGCUGAUGACCAGAAAGACGAUGACUAGGAGUUCCUCCAGAACAAUAGAAACACACUCUCUACCCACAGCUCAGGUGUUCUGAUACUUUGAUUCUCCCUCAGACUUCAACGUCCAAGCACGAGCCCCGAGUGCCAUUCCAGGCCAAGACAGACAGCUUUGAAGUUUUAGCAGAAACAGCCUGCACUGUGAUAGGUCCACAUCUCAGACAACCCGCCUACUCCAGGGAGUGACCGGGCUAGCCCAUUCCCUAGUGGAUGGUGAGGAUCAGCCUGCACUGUGAUAGGUCCACAUCUCAGAACAACCGGGCUAGCCCAUUCCCUAGUGGAUGGUGAGGAUCAGCCUGCACUGUGAUAGGUCCACAUCUCAGAACAACCGGGCUAGCCCAUUCCCUAGUGGAUGGUGAGGAUCAGCCUGCACUGUGAUAGGUCCACAUCUCAGAACAACCGGGCUAGCCCAUUCCCUAGUGGAUGGUGAGGAUCAGCCUGCACUGCAUCGUCUACUAGUCUGACUGGAGGCCGGUAAUCAUGAAGCAGUAGGUUUGACUCCUGCUAUUCAACCUCUCACUCUGAGUUUCUUAGAGAGGAAGAAGAGGAUAGGAGUGUGUUUCAGGAGGGUAGAGAGUGGCUCUCCGACAGAGGCUCGUCAGGCGUGGCUUCGUUCCAUUAAGAAGAUAAGGUGGAAAGCAUUUAAAUGUGAUGUUUCAUCUUGUAGGUGUACACCUUGGAUAGUCUGUCAACUCUUCCUUCAGAAGUUAUUCACACCCCUUGACUUAUUCUAGAUUGUGUUGUUACAGCCUGAAUUUAAAAUGGAUUAAAUAGAGAUGUUGUGUCACUGGCCUACACACAUUACCCCAUAAUGUCAAAGUGGAAUUAUAUUUGUAUAUAUUUUUUUUUUAAUUAAUAAAAAAUGAGAAGCUGAAAUGUCUUGAGUCAAGUAUUCAACUGCUUUGUUAUGGCAAGGAGUACAAAUCUGGAGUAAAAAUCUACUAAAGUCACAAAUUGCAUGGACUCUAUGUGCAAUAAUAGUGUUUAACAUGCUUUGAAUGACCACCUCCUCUCUGUACCCCAUGCAUAAAAUGAAUUGUAAGGUCACUCAGUCGAGCAGUGAAUUUCAAAAGCAGAUUCAACCACAAAGACCAAAGAGGUGUUCCAAUGCCUCACAAAGAAAGGCCGCUAUUGGUAGAUGGGUAAAAAAUAAAAAAGCAGACAUUGAAUAUCCCUUUGAGCAUGGUGAAGUCAAUAAAGAUACACGUGUCCUUCACUCCGUUGCCGGAGAGGAAGGAAAGCGCUCAGGGAUUCUACCAUGAGGCCAAUGGUAACUUUAAAACAGUUAGAGUUUAAUGGUUGUGAAAGGAGAAAACUGAGGAUGGAUCAACAAUAUUGUAGUUACAAAUAUAGUUGAUCCAUCCUCAAAUAUUCCAAAACAUCCUGUUUGUAAUACGGCAGUAAAGUAAAACCGCAAACAAUGUGGCAAAGAAAUUAACUUUAUGUCCUGAAUACAAAUGCACAUUACUGAGUAUUUUCAAGCAUGGUUGUGGCUGCGUCAUGUUAAGGGUAUGCUUGUCAUCAGCAAGGACUAGGGAGGUUUUUUUAGGAUAAAAAAACGGAAUAGAGCUAAGCACAGGCAAAAUCCUAGAGGAAAACCUGGUUGUCUGAUUUCCAACAGACACUGAGAGACAAAUUCACCUUUCAGCAGGACAUUAACUUAAAACAUAAUGCCAAAUAUAUACUGGAAUUGAAUGUUCCUGAGAAAAUCCAUGGCAAGACUUAAAAAAGGCUGCCCAAUGUCGUGGAAGGAUCAGAAUUUGUUGGUAACAUUUGUAAGCUGUUUAAUAUUCAUCAAAUGUGUGUAAGUUACUUCUCAUCAGAAUGGUAUUUUUGUGUAAUUCUGUGGUGAGGUUGCAGUUAUCUGUUCUAUGUCAAAACUAAGUUGCAUGGGCCGCUGAGAGGGGAGAGGUCAAAGUGUCAUCAUGUGUAAACAUAUCUUUUACUCCCUACCUUUUCUAGUGGGGAAAGAAGGGUUGCAGUGUCUGGAAUCAUUCUAUGCUCCCUCUUAUGUUGUUUCUAUCUUAACCUAUAGCCUCACCCUCCUCUCCCUGAGUUUGUCCAGGAGUUGGUAUUUAGAGUGGGUUGUAUAUAAAUGACCAUUUGAUAUAUGCCUGUUGAUAUGGAGGAUUUGGUAUAUGGUUCUGGGGUUUGGGAAAGGAGACAAAGCUGAACGAUGAAUUAUGUCUAUGCUGUCUGACUAUGUGUGUCUUUGCUAUUAAAAGGAACGUUUGCAUUGUAAGGGGGCUCUCAGAGAAUUCAGGGGGAGACACUGAAUUUAUCUGAGAGUCACAGGAUUGUGAUAGAGCUCAUAUAAUUAAAGAUGGACUUUUAUAACUAACUCUGACGUGUGUGUGUGGUUUCCUCCCAUGAUUUGGUAAAUAGAGGACAUUUCCACGACACCUGGCAAUGAUCAACAACCAACUUGACAGAGCUUGAAGACACUGUAAUUUAAUGAUGUCUGGCCUUUACUUAUCAUCCUUCCUUCCCUUUGUCUCAGCUCUCGUCUCCCUGCACGUUCCCUCUCUUCGUUUUCUCUCACUUUCUCACAAUCUUUGCCGAUGUUACUAUUUAUUUGAGUGUUGAAACUGGAUUACUGAGAAAGGUUUUGAAUAUUUCUGUGAAGUUUUAUUUCAUUGGUUCUCUAUGGAUUGUUAGACCAUGCUGUGAAGUUUUAUUUCAUUGGUUCUCUAUGGAUUGUUAGACCAUGCUGUGAAGUCAUGUCAUGGGGUUUGCCAUGGAUAAAUAAACAUGAUUUAAAAAAUAAAAGAAAAGAUUUUCACUCUUUGAUCAUUUGUCCAACACACAGAACAGAGUUACAUCUCAAAGGUUUGUUAAUUUAAUCCAUCACUGAUGUACAAAAAACAAAUUGUCAUGUUCUCUGAAAGAUAACAAUGGCUGUUAAUCUCAAAUGCAUAUUCUCCUAUGCACAAGAGUGUGUGUAGAUUUCCGUCAAUCUAUUUUCAUAUGUGCAACGCAUAUACAGGCCGGGGCAAUAUAAAGAGAGAAACGUCGGACUUAUUGCUUAACUAGAUGUUCUGUUAAUUAGCUUAUUACACUCUACAUUAAACUCUUUUUACAUAUUUUACAUGGCGAGCACUACUUCACAUUCUAUCUGCAUACAAAAGACAAAUUAUUGCACAACUGAUUAUUCUUUAAGAUGAAAAUGUACCAGUUGUGAUAGCAUAGUUUUACAUAGUUUUGAGCCAUAAUACAUUUUAAUUCUAUUGUCAAGUGAUUAAUGAUUAAUGAUUUAACAUGCGUCUUGAAUGACAGUGGAGAACAGUCACACACACAGUUUAAUCUGUCAACCAAGGCUUUUAUUGCUUAUCUGCGGACGUGGAGAGUUAUGACUGUGCUUCUAAGUUGGUAGUACAUAUUUCUAAAAUGGUUGUGAUGCCAGGCAGACUGUAUAAAUCAUUUUCAGUGUGUGUGCACGCUAUGUCUUAGGAAUAUUAUUUUGUAUGUUGGUGAACAAAUAUGUAUUACUAUGUGAGAGUGUGUGUGUGCUUAACUUAGAUGUAUUCUGAGUUUCACUGUUGUCUCUCCACAUAACCAAAGAUUCCUGUCAUUAACACUGAAAUCAUUCCAGAGACGUGUUGUACAGUAGGAACGAUGUUGUGUGAAAAAUCAUUACCUAUCACUAGGAACGUAAUGAUACAAAAUGUACUGUGACCAAAACACUGUUACAAGAACCUCUCUAACUUCUGUCCUACGACCUUAACGCCAGACAAGGCUACAUGUACUUUGAGUUAAAUGCAUGUUAAUUACAAUGUGCUUCACAAAUGUUCUUAACCCUGUGCAUUUUAUGACUGAGCGAUGCCAAUGCAUUGGUCUUUUCUCAGCUGCCUUAAGGUGGUUACUUAACAUUUUGUCUUAAAUAUCCCUUUUCCAUCCCACUUUAAAGUCCUUUCCUCAGAUAUGAAUGUAGCUACCAUGUAAAUACAGAACUUAAUCCAAAGUGGGACCCUCCUUUCUCUUCCCUCUCUCUUCCCUCUCUCUAUCCCUUUGUCUGGUCAUGUUGUUCCUUCUCACCCUCUCUCUAUCCCUCUCUCUUCCCUCUCUCUAUCCCUUUGUCUGGUCAUGUUGUUCCUUCUCACCCUCUCUCUUCCCUCUCUCUAUCCCUCUCUCUUCCCUCUCUCUAUCCCUCUCUCUUCCCUCACUCUUCCCUCUCUCUAUCCCUCUCUCUUCCCUCUCUCUAUCCCUUUGUCUGGUCAUGUUGUUCCUUCUCACCCCUCUCUCUUCCCUCCCUCUUCCCUCUCUCUAUCCCUUUGUCUGGUCAUGUUGUUCCUUCUCACCCUCUCUCUUCCCUCUCUCUAUCCCUCUCUCUUCCCUCUCUCUUUCCUCUCUCUAUCCCUCUCUCUUCCCUCUCUCGAUCCCUUUGUCUGGCCAUGUUGUUCCUUCUCACCCUCUCUCUUCCCUCUCUCUAUCCCUCUCUCUUCCCUCUCUCUAUCCCUCUCUCUUCCCUCUCUCUAUCCCUCUCUCUUCCCUCUCUCUAUCCCUCUCUCUUCCCUCUCUCUUCCCUCUCUCUAUCCCUUUGUCUGGUCAUGUUGUUCCUUCUCACCCUCUCUCUUCCCUCUCUCUAUCCCUCUCUCUUCCCUCUCUCUAUCCCUUUGUCUGGUCAUGUUGUUCCUUCUCACCCUCUCUUCCCUCUCUCUUCCCUCUCUCUAUCCCUCUCUCUUCCCUCUCUCUUCCCUCUCUCUAUCCCUCUCUCUAUCCCUCUCUCUUCCCUCUCUCGAUCCCUUUGUCUGGUCAUGUUGUUCCUUCUCACCCUCUCUCUUCCCUCUCU